GGGCCACGUCUUACAGACGGAACAACUCAUAUGGCGGCUUUUACCUUCUGUCCACUGUUAACAGGGCCGUCUCCACCUCAUCAUUAGACCCUGACUCCCCCAAAGCCCCUCAGCUGGAGGUCCCAGCCUGGCUCUAACAAUCCCCUUCACUCACGGACCAGAUUGUAGAGAAACAGGGAGGAGUCGGCAGGCAACCGGAGAGGCCAAGCCACACUCCGUGUUCUUCGCUCUAGCCUGGCUGACAGGAGAGUUCAAAGGAUUCACAUUUUCCUUUCUUCGCUGGCUCCAGCCCUUCCCUUCUCAAGAUUUGAGGCUAGAUCAGUGCUCAGAGGCUGGAAACACAUGCCCGUCAGAAAACAGUGUGGGGGAGUCGGGGUCGAGGUGGAUCUUGGGAAAGGGGAUGGGGAAUGUUGUUAAUGAGUCAGCUUUACCUUCAUUCAUUUACCGUCACCCAAGUGAGCACGAAACGUGAACAGACACUGUCCUUCCCCGAAGUUAGCCAGCACUGAUCUGCUCGUCGGUGGGAAGCCAGGGAGAGCAGCUGUGGGGGAUGGGAGCAGUCAGGGGCCAGCCCUGCCCAGACCUCCCGUGUCCAAUUUCUCCGUGUCAGCUGUGUCUCAGCUGUCCACUUCCCUCCAGCCCUGUCAUUUCACCCUGACACCAAGGCAAGAGGCUCAGAGGUCUGCAAAUACCAUCUGGGUAGCUGGUGUGAGUAAAGGGCAUUGCUGGGGCGGAGGUGGGGACAGGUUUAGCCCCCAAGGAAGCGGACCAGUCCUCCCAACACCACCAGCAGGACCCGGGGGCACCCUCUUCCCUCCACAGACUGUGGGCUGACUUAGGGAAUCCCAAACGAUGACAGAAAAGGAGGUGCUGGAGUCUCCUAAGCCCUCCUUCCCAGCAGAGACCCAGCAAAGCGGGCUUCAGCGGCUGAAGCGGUUGUUCAGGAAGGAAUCCACAGAGACCAAGGAGAUGGAGCUUCCCCCCGAGCCCCAGGCCAACGGGGAGGCAGUGGGUGCUGGGGGGGGCCCGAUCUACUACAUCUAUGAGGAGGAGGAGGAGGAAGAGGAGGAGGAGGAGGAGCCGCCCCCAGAGCCUCCCAAGCUCGUCAAUGAUAAACCCCACAAAUUCAAAGACCAUUACUUCAAGAAACCCAAGUUCUGUGAUGUCUGUGCCCGGAUGAUUGUGCUCAACAACAAAUUCGGGCUCCGGUGCAAGAACUGCAAAACGAACAUCCACGAGCACUGUCAGUCCUACGUGGAGAUGCAGAGGUGCUUCGGCAAGAUCCCCCCUGGUUUCCAUCGGGCCUACAGCUCCCCGCUCUACAGCAACCAGCAGUUCGCUUGCGUCAAGGAUCCCUCUGCUGCCAAUCACAAUGACCCUGUGUUUGAAACCCUGCGCACUGGGGUGAUCAUGGCAAACAAGGAACGGAAGAAGGGACAGGCAGAUAAGAAAAAUCCUCUAGCAGCCGUGAUGGAAGAGGAGCCAGAGUCUGCCAGACCCGAGGAGGGCAGACCUCAGGGUGGAAACCCUGACGGGGAGAAGAGGACUGAAAAGAAGACUCCCGACGACAAACACAAGCAGCCCGGCUUCCAGCAGUCGCAUUACUUCGUGGCUCUCUACCGGUUCAAGGCCCGGGAGAAGGACGACCUGGAUUUCCCGCCGGGAGAGAAGAUCACGGUGAUCGACGACUCCAAUGAGGAAUGGUGGCGGGGGAAGAUCGGGGAGAAGGUCGGAUUUUUCCCUCCGAACUUCAUCAUCCGGGUGCGCUGCGGAGAGCGCGUGCACCGCGUGACCCGCUCCUUCGUGGGCAACCGGGAGAUCGGGCAGAUCACGCUCAAGAAGGACCAGAUCGUGGUGCAGAAGGGCGAGGAGGCCGGGGGCUACGUCAAGGUGUCCACGGGGCGCAAGGUGGGGCUGUUCCCCGCCGACUUCCUGGAGGAGAUCUAGGCG